CAUUCACAUUAUACUACUUACUGCUUAUUCUUCUGUCUGUGGUAAUUCAGCUAAAAAAUGGAACAUAUAUAUCCUUUUGUAAAUGAAAUUGUUAUUUUGUUUUAAUCACUCAAAAAUAUUAUGUUUUUAAAAAUAAGUUUUAUAAAUAUCGGUGUUUCUAACAACGAAAUUAACUUAAAUUUGGUUAGCUAUGAAACAGGUACUUUCACCGAAGUAUUUCUUAUCUCAUUGAUUAGAUUAUCUUCAAAAUUGUUUUAGGCUUUCACUAAUUAUUGCAUCUUGCCAGUGAUGAUUUAAAACGACUAGCGUUUGCGAAAUGUCUAAUUCGACUUGCUGUGAAGAAGAAGAGUCGUUUCCUCUCCACGAAUGUGUGUUUAUAGGAGAUGUACGUAAGCUGUCAUUACUGUUGAGGAACCACGAUGUGACGCGUAAGGACAAACAUGGAAACACAGCAUUACACCUGGCCGUAAUGCUGGGCCGUAAAGAAUGCGUUCAACUCCUCAUAGCGCAUAGUGCACCAGUUAAAGUAAAAAAUCUCGCUGGCUGGUCACCACUCGCAGAAGCUAUUAGUUAUGGCGACCGCCAAACCAUAUCAUCCCUUGUACGCAAGCUUAAACUACAAGCGCGCGAACAAAUGGAACAUAGAAGACCAGAUCUCAUCAGAGCACUUGCUCAAAUACAAGACUUCUAUAUGGAACUCAAGUGGGACUUUCACUCUUGGGUGCCACUAGUAUCUAGAAUAUUACCUUCUGAUGUUUGCAAGAUAUACAAAGCUGGCUCUGGAAUCAGAUUAGACACUACUUUAGUAGAUUUUAGCGACAUGAAAUGGGAAAGAGGAGAUAUAUCAUUCAUUUUCCAGGGAGAAAAACCACCAAGUGAAUCCUUAACAGUCUUAGAUAAUAAAGCCAAAGUAUAUCAACGGGUUAGAUAUGAGGAAACAGAAAAUGAAAUAGAGGAUGAAGUGGAUAUUUUAAUGUCAAGUGAUAUAUUGGCUGCACAGAUGUCGACCAAAGGUAUUGCAUUUUCAAGAGCCCAGUCAGGUUGGAUAUUUCGAGAGGACCGCAAAGAAACAGUAGCUGGUUUAUAUAAAAGCGACAUUUAUACAAUCACAGGUUUAGUUUUGGAAUCACGUAAAAGACGUGAACAUUUGUCUACUGAUGAUUUACAGAAAAAUAAAGCUAUCAUAGAAAGUCUCACUAAAGGUAAUGCACAUAAUUUAGAUACCAAUGGAGAACCAGCACGAAGAGCAUCAUUAAACCCACCUCCUGAAAGCAACGUAGACUGGGCAUCAUACAUAUCAUCUUCACCAGGUCAGUAUCCUGGUCUUGGUAGAGAAGUAGUAUAUAAGGAGUCAUCUAGGAAUUUUCGAGCCACAAUAGCCAUGAGUGAUGAUUUUCCUCUCAGUGUAGAGAUGUUGUUAAAUGUUCUAGAAGUGAUUGCACCAUUCAAACACUUUGCAAAGUUACGUCAAUUUGUUGCAAUGAAAUUGCCUAAAGGAUUUCCUGUUAAAAUUGAUAUACCUAUCUUACCCACUGUAACUGCAAAAAUUACAUUUCAAAAAUUUGAUUUUCGUGAUGAUAUUCCUGAAGAACUAUUCAUUAUACCUGAAGACUUUAUAGAAGACCCAUUACGGUUUCCUGACUUAUGACGCUUUGAUAUUCUAACACUGUUUGAAAUAAGUGAAAGACCGAUGAGGCGACGUGAGGAGAAACGUAGCCGGCGUCGCCUGGUUCGGGGAGCCCGCUGCAGACCAGUUUCUCAUGGUCUGCUCACCAUUGAAUUCCCCAUGCUGUUCGGCUUGGGUAGUUCCUAUUCCAGCCAUUGUGUCCUGUUUGUUGAAUAGCUAAAAUUAUUUGUAGGUGAAAUUGGUGGUGAAAUGUCAUGUAGUUGUUUGUGUUAAACAGUGUUAGAACAAAAAUCUGUGUUUGGAUAAUGCCCUUAGAAUAUUCAAUUGCUGAGACAACAAUGUGACACUAAAGUAUAACUUAAACAUUAAAAAUUUUACAAUUUUUUAAACAAUUACAAAUUCAUCCAAUAGUCAUAUAAAAUGUUGAUUAUUUGCUCAUUCACCAUGUCAUUACAUCCAGAUGGAAUUUAUUUUUUGUAUGUAUUGUUUUUAUUUAUUUUAAUUAUAUUUAAGUUACAUGUUUUGUAUUUGUGUUUAGUAUAUUGUUAAUAAUGUAUCAAAGUUAGGUAAAUGACACAAUAUACAUACAUACAUUAUUUAUUUGGCAUAAUUUAGUAAAGACGAAAGUAGUUAUUUAAAACUAUAACACAGGAUGAGUAAUUUUAUAUGGAAAUAUUUUUUCAU